CAGCCCCCGUGGGCGCUGCUGUGCUGCCGGAGUCCCCGGCGGCUCCGGGGGGGUGGGGGUGGGGGGUCGGGCAAUACCCCUCGGACCCUGCCCGCCCCGCCCUCCCCGCCCGCUCGGAGCGCAGGUGGAGGUGCUGUGGCAGCUCCCUCCGCCGCUGGGUGCUCAGCCUCCGCCCCAGGGGAUACUCUGUAGAAAGUGUCCGUCUGCGCGUCUCGGAGUCCCGGCUCUCUUGGCACAGGUGUCGGCGGGAGACGCAGGCUGGCUGCAGACUGGUGUUGAGUCCGAUGGGUUGGGACCCUUGAAAGAUAGCGUCUUGGGGGUGCUCCGCGUUUCUGAACAAGUUUGCCUAUUUCCAGAAAGAAAUCUUUUCUGGGGUACACACUGUAUGAGAUUUCAGCAAUUCAGAACCGUCCUCAUUUUAAUGGAGCUCUGUGCUGACAACUUGGGCAGGGCUAGAUUUCCAGGCAUGAACUUGACUUGCGGGCCUUUGGGAAACUGUAGAUGUGAGGAGCGCACAGCCUCCUAGGGAAGCUGCGUCCAGUCCGUGGGACCAGGGCAGAGCCACUGCACUGAGUGUAUAAAUAAUGCCUGUUUACACAGGCUGCUUUGGAACUAGGGAUUUCCGGUUAAUAAAUAUUAUUAGAUGGAUGCACACGAGCGUGUGCCUGUUUGUCAGAAGGGAUAGAGUCACUUUGCUUCUUUUUCUUUUCCCUUUAAUUCUUUGAUAAAUCACUGGUCCUAGUAGAGUUUAGGUUAAUUCCCUUUCUUUUUCCGCAGCAAUGAAGACACCGUAGGAAUCAAUCUUAACUGGUUUCAGCAAAAGCAGGGGAUCUGAGCUUGGCGUGAUGCCAUUAGCCACUGAAAAUAUUGACUACUUCUCCCUACCCUCUAGCUGAUGCAUUUGGAAUUUUUCUGUAAAUGUUUAUGUCUGAAUGCUAUAUAGAAGUGUUUUUAAAUGUGUGUAAAAUAGACGUAAGUUUUUAUUUUCUCAAAAUGAUUCUCAAGCCAAACAUUGUAAAAGUAGCUAGUCUUGGUAUUGGGAACAACAUGUUGGAAGACAAUAAGCAAACAAAGUAAAAAGAGAGAGAGGAAGGAAGGAAUCUUAUUUUUUAAAAAAAUGUGCUUUUUACCCAGCGUUCCAUUCCAUUGUGGGGUGCUCUCUUAAGGUCUUCAAAUUAGUGAAUGGGCUAGUAAAACUUAAGCAUUUAUUUUCAAAAGCUUAAGAACAUUUUAAAAAUCCUUAUGGUUUUUAGGUAGGUUUAUUUUUCCAUUUCCAUUCAGUUCUAAAUACAGAUUAUCACACUAUUCUGUGUUUUACUCAUCAUUUUUAUAAGAAGGAAAAUGUGUUACAAUCACAACAUCAGUUGCAAUUAGGAGCUUCUUUAAAAAAUGGUUAUCAUGGAAAAUCAAGCAAUUUGGGAGGAGCCCAUUCAACUUUUGGGAGCCAGGGAUCCUUGCCCCUCCUUACUCUGGUUACUUGAGUAUCACUAAUUCAAAAGGAAGCGUUUUAUUGCCGUAAGUGCCCAAACUUGCCUGGGGGAUACGGAGAUGUUCACCUGCUGUCUUCGACCAUGUUUCCCAGUCCAGGUUCAAGGAAAAGAUUGGUCAAAUCUAUGUCUAAUUCCAGCAAAGUGGAAUUUUCUUUUUAUGUUGGGGAGGGGAGUGACCCUUAAUCAUCUGCCUAAUUACACUUCAAAUCUCUGCUUCCCUUUGAGGAAGUACAGUGUUUCUUUUGUUCAACCAACUCCUACUGAAAGAAAGCUAAUAGAGACAAAUCAGUUCCCCCCCCCACCGUUGAUUUUUUUUUUUUAUUAUUUCAACAGGCCUUUUAAUUCCAUUAAUUUCUGUCUUUUCUGAAGAGAUGUACAUAUAUAUUUGGAAUAUAGUAUAUUAUUAAAAUAGACUAACUGUGGAUAAUGGGGAAAUGUAAACAUUAAGAAAAGACCUGGUUGAUUAUGCUUACUAGCCCAUAGUUUAGUAGAUUUCAAUUGAAAAAAAUUGAGGAGGGCCCUGAAUCUUAUUCUACAGUCUAGUCUAUUUAUAGACAAAAUAAGUGCCCCCUCCCACAAAUCGUUCUGAAGCACAGGCCAGCAAGGUAUUUCCUACCCUCCUAGGUGGUCUGGCAAGACUGCUGCAUGAAAUCAUCUGCCUCCUGAUGCAUUACUGACAGCAACAAGUAUUGGGAAACUGACAGAAGAUGAUAAUUGUUAUUUAUCUGUUUUCUCUUGAGAGUACCCUAAACAAUGGAAGUCAGUGUCACAGGGAGUUCACUCUGAGUAUCUUUAAAUGCAACACUCUGAGUAUCUUUUUAAAAGGCUUGAUAGUUUUGAUAUAGCUCCUAGGCAUUAAGAAAUGAAGCAAUCCAGAUAACAUGCAGGAAAGACUGUGGUUGUAAGUCCAUUUGUAGAAGCGAGCCCGGUCCAUGCAGCACAGUGCAAAAUGAAAAUUUGGCAAAAUUUUAGCAGAUUGAUUGGCGUGAAAUGCCAAACAGAUAAAUAGGUGAAAGUGUAUUAUCCAGACUGGCUCUUAACUUUGAUGAAAUUCAGCACAUAAACUCUCCACUUAAGCACGCGUUACAAAGAUGAGAGACUUGGUGUUUUGCAAAAAUAAGCUUGGUGUUGGACACACCUGAAUGUGCUUAACAGGUGAGCUGUAAUGAAACCAAAGGGACGUACAAGCACAAAUCAUUUCCCCGGGGAAAGUUAAUGUCCUCCCUAUUUUCAGUGGCACCCAUGAAGUUUGACUUCUCAGAAUGGUUUUGGCAUUUCAUGAUUACAAUUUUGUGAAUCACGUUGAACAGAGGCAUCAUUUUUUGAGAUUCUAAUUUCAGGUGUUUUUGAAAAAAAAAAAACUACACAAAAAAACACAGUUUGGAUGUGAGAAAGGACAUGAGGAGACCAAAGACCUGGGAUUUUGCUGAUCAGAAUGAAACAAAUGUUGAAAGACUUUUCAAAUCUACUCUUGGUGGUACUUUGUGACUAUGUUCUUGCAGAAGCUGAAUACCUCCUCUUGGGAAAGCCCGGCCAUGUAGCACUAAGCAACAAUACAGUAUCGGUGGGUUUCCAGUAUGUCAGUGGGGCUAAUGGGACGCUGAGGAAUGUAUCUAUCCUGUUGUUGGAGGCCAACACCAAUCAGACUGUUACCACCAAAUACCUCCUGACCAACCAGUCCCGGGGAACACUGGAGUUCGAAUGCUUCUACUUCAAGGAGGCGGGGGACUACUGGUUCACCAUGACUCCAGAAGCGGCAGACAACAGCACUCCAGUCCACCUGUGGGAGCAAAGUGCCUUUCUCAAGGUGGAAUGGCCUGUCUUUCAUGUUGACCUGAAUAGGACAUCCAGGGCAGCAGAAGGCACCUUCCAGGUGGGCCUUUUUACCAGUCAACCACUGUGCUCAUUCCCUGCGGACCAACCUGACAUCUUGGUGGAUGUCAUCUUUACCAACAGUCUUCCCGAGGCAAGAACGAGUCCAGGACAGCCGCUGGAGAUAAGAACCAGCAAGAGGACACAACUCUCUCAAGGUCAGUGGGUUGAGUUUGGCUGUGCACCCGUGGGGCCGGAAGCCUACGUCACUGUGGUGCUGAAGCUGCUCGGCCAAGACUCGGUCAUUACCUCCACGGGACCCAUUGACCUGGCCCAGAAAUUUGGAUACAAACUGGUGACGGUGCCGGAACUCACGUGUGAGUCGGCAGUGGAGGUGAUGGUGCUGCCUCCCCCGUGCGUCUUCGUCCAGGGAGUGAUCGGGGUCUUCAAGGAGGCCCCCAGACGCCCUGGGGAAGGGACCAUUCGGCUGGCUGAAAACAGUCUGACCUUGGGAGAGAGGAGAACAGUAUUCAACUGCACUUUGUUUGACAUGGGGAGGAAUAAAUACUGCUUUGACUUUGGCGUUUCAAGCAGAAGCCGUUUUUCCACAAAGGAGAGGGAGUGCAUGCUAAUCCAGAGAAACAUAGCUUUCCAGCCAUCCAGUGCAUCCCCUCUUCAGCCCCAGGGUCCGGUGAAGUCCAACAACAUCGUGACCGUCACUGGGAUUUCCCUGUGCUUGUUCAUCAUCCUCGCCACCGUCCUCAUCACGCUGUGGCGGAAGUUCGGCCGCACCCCGAAGUGCCGCACGCCGGUUCGACACAACUCCAUCCACUCCCCCAGCUUCCGGAAGAACUCGGACGAGGAGAACAUCUGCGAGCUGAGCGAGCAGCGCGGCAGCUUCUCGGACGCGGGCGACGGGCCCGCGGGGGGCCCGGGGGACGUGGGCAUCCCCCUGACCUACAGGCGCAGUGUGCCCGCGGCUCCCGAGGACGACGCCUCUGGCAGCGAGAGCGUGCAGUCCAACGCCCAGAAGAUCAUCCCCCCGCUGUUCAGCUACCGCCUGGCCCAGCAGCAGCUGAAGGAGAUGAAGAAGAAGGGCCUGACGGAAACCACCAAGGUGUACCACGUGUCUCAGAGUCCCCUGACAGACACGGCCAUCGACGCCGCCGCCGUGCCCCCCUUAGACGUGGAAAGCCCAGACGAAGCCGCGGCAAACAAGUUCCGGAUCAAAUCCCCGUUUCUGGAGCAGCCGGCGGGCGGGGCCGCGGCCAGGCCCCCCUCCAGGCCCGACCACCCGGCGUGUCAGGCCAGUUGCGCCAUCAGCCCCAGCCAGACGGUGAUCCGCAAGUCAGCCACGAGGCACGUGGGCGGCAGAGGGGCGCUGCCGGAGAGGAGCCACCCCAGGGGCUCCCACUUCAGGAGGACCGCUAGUUUUCACGAAGCCAAGCAGGCCCGGCCGUUCCGGGAGAGGAGCAUGUCCACCCUGACUCCACGCCAGGCCCCGGCCUACAGUUCUAGGACACGGACCUGGGACCAGGGGGAAGACAGAUUUCGGCCUCACAGUCGAGGCGCCGCCCCGUUUCCCGAGAAACCGGAAGGGGCGGGUGCAACCAGAGGUCCAUUGAGCCCUGCCCCUAAGUCCUACACCCUGGGGCAGCCCGUGAGGAAACCAGACCUGGGGGACAGCCAGGCAAGCUUCGUGGUAGGAGGUGAGAGAACAGAGCCUCACAGAUCUCGGAGGGGACCGUCCCCCAGUCACAGGAGUGUCUCAAGGAAGCAGCCUUCCCCCACUGCCCCCAAAGACAGCUACCAGAGGGUCAGCCCCCUGAGCCCUUCUCAGGGUAGAAAAGACAAGUGUCAGAGUUUCCCAGCCCACCCUGAGUUUGCCUUCUAUGAUAAUACGUCAUUUGGCCUCACUGAGGCUGAGCAGAGGAUGCUGGACCUCCCGGGCUAUUUUGGGUCAAAUGAAGAGGAUGAAACCACAAGUACUCUCAGUGUGGAGAAGUUAGUCAUCUAGACCCACAUCAGCCUGAGACUUCAUACAGCUGGGGUCCUUUGCCCAGCUCCUGGUAUCAGCUGCUCACAGAGCUCUACGGACUGUUUUGUAUAGCUGUCUGUACAUUAGGAUUGGGUGGGGAGGGAGUAACUCAAGUGUGUGCAUGUGUUUUAAUUCAUAAGGAAGAAGUUACUUAUCUUGAACGUUUCCCUUUGUUAUCCUAGUUCUAUUGGUUUAUUACUAAUAACCACAAUAAUAAAAUUUAAACAAGAGUGAAAUAGGGCUAGGUCUCUCAUGUGGAUGUGAAAGGACAAGAUGUGACUUGUAAGUAUUAAGUGCUUUGAACACUUCGUUGGCAGUGUCGGACAUGAAGUAAAUUUGGAAGUCUCAACUAUAAUAAGGGCUGGAACAAAGCUAACUUUGUUUAUUAAGUUGUAAAUAAGAAUAUGACUCCUACAGGGGCAGUACUGAAUGAGUUUCAUGUUUGGCAGAUCAAGUCAAUUUUGACUGGUAUGUACUAGACUACCUAGAAAAUGCUGAUGCCACAAGAUAUUUCAGAAGAACCUUUCAUGCUAGAGUUGGGUGAUAUCUUAAUGUUUUUUAUGCAACAAAGAGUCCUGGUGACUUGACACAAAUUAGGUGAGUUGAUUCUGCUUUGGAUAAAUAAUAUAAGAAGCUGAUUGUUCAGGUAGUCAAAUGAAGACCUAUUCAUAUACUCAUUGUUCGGAGCAAAGAGUAUACAUUUUAGAAAGGAAAGUAUUGUCUCCUGAGAGAGUAUCAUCUAGAACAUGGGUAGUGAAUGCUGAUAAGGACGCUGACUGGCAUUAAGGUUCUGACCGUGUGUGCCUGGACCAGACUGGCAGCCAAGACCCCAGAGGGUGUCCUUCUGAAAUCAGUGUGUAUAUGUUUCUAAAGAUGACUUUAUCAUGUUACUCAGAAAGUAUGUGAAUUAAUCUCAGGUACAUGGGAAGCAGGUAGACUAGACUGUUUUUAGUGCUUAAGUUUUUUAAUUGGAAGAACGAAGUAAAGGAAGUAGAAAAAAUAAGUCUUUUAGAAAUAAAUCUUUUGUUUUCCGGUUCAAUCUGCCUACCACCCUUUUCAGGUGAAGAAUGGGAGGCUCAGGGAAGGGAAUUAACUCUUGCAGGAUUAGAUGGACAGAGACUCCUAUUUUUAUUCUAAUGGCCAUUAUGCACGAUGCCAUCACAGCCUUUGCAACUCUUCUCUGACAGCAGGGACCUCAGGAGAAAGCUGGCCCUUUCGGCAAGAAGAGGGCAUAGAGAGAUGCUUUUACUAGCUUUUCCCAAAGGAAGGAAAACUUUCUACUGCUUGAUGUUACGACUGGUCUUGCAGCUUGCUUUGUUUGGAAGCGAGGGCUAAGCAGAAAAACCUAAAGGUUGGGCUCUUUCCCUGGAAGUCUGUCAUCAGGUAUCAUGUGGGCAGUCUUCAAUCUGGUGUACUUCCUUUCAGCCCUAGAACCUAAUGCUUUAUCUGCAUACAUUUGAGUAGCUGCACUUCUGGUUCACCAUGACGUCUUUCGCGGCCACACCCACCUUGCCUUUUACAUUGUUUUACUUCUUCCUUGUAGAGUUUAUCAGGAUAUCAGCCUGCUGGUGAAGGUUCAAGGACCACCGGAGAGAAUGGAAUGAGGUGGGACAAAAAAAAAAAAUCACAAAUGCAAAUACUGUACUUUUUAAAUUUUCUCUUUUAUUGUUGCAUUACCACUUCAUUUGUGCCAUUGUCCCAAAUUAAAACAUACUUCCUUUUGGAAAUGCUUUCAUAAUGACAUCUACCUUUCAGGAACAGGAGGAGUAGAUUAUUCAGUGGUAUCUGACAGCUGUUAUGUGCUGAUGCAAAGAAGAGGAAACCAGGCUUCUUAAUCUACAUUUUCUUGGUUUACCAUAUUAGAAAGCUUUGUUCUCUUUCCAGGUUCACAGGCUUGCAUGCCAACUUUUGAGGACAGAGGGCACAUGCUCACUUGUUCCUUACUUCACAGUGAAUUUCCCUACAGUGUCAGACUAAAACCGAAACAGACAAAAAGAAGGUGAAAAUUAGAGAAAAACACUAUGAACAGAAAGAUUUGCAUUCCAGUGAUGUUCUUUCCCAAUAUAUCAUGCAUCUAAAUUAAUGUAACAGUGAAAUAAUAUCAGUGUGUAACCUGUUCACCAUCUACCUAGCACAGUUUUCUGUGGCUUUAGUCAAAAGCCAACUUUACCAUUCAAAGUUAAGCUAAUUUGGCCCUUGUCUUGGAGAAAGAGAAAAGUAGAUAUUUGUCUUUGGCGGAUAAGUGAUAAACUUCAUCAGAAAUAAUCUCCUAUAGAAGAAUAUGUUCCAAGUGAAAGAAUAAGACAAAACCUCAGAAAAAGACCUUAAUGAAAUGGGUAUAAGUAGUUGCGUGAUAAAGAGUUCAAAGUAAUAGUCAUAAAGGUGCUAACUGAAAAUGGAACAAAAAUGGAUGAGCACAGUGAGAACUUAAGUAGAUAGAAAACAUAAGAAAAUACCAACCAGACUUCUGGGCAGAUGGUGUAGAAGGAGGAGUAUGAGGAUUCUGAGUUUACCUCAUCCCACAGGCACACCUAGAUAACAGCCCCAUCAGUGCAACUAACCCUGAAAACAACCCAAAGUCUGGCAGAACAGGCUUUCCACAGUUAAUCAUAGGGAGGAGACCACACUGAAAAGAGUGGGAGAGGGGGAGAUGUGGUCAAGAACCACACUCCCAGUGAGACUUACCACAAAUGGGAGGAAGAAGAGAGAGGAGCAGACCCCACAACAGGCACCACAGGCACAGCAGACCUGCACUGGGAAGAUGAAUCCCCAUAACAUUUGGCUUUGAAAACCAGCUGGGCUUAACUUACUGACCUUUUAAACUGUGGAGCUUAAUUCCAAGUUCUUCAAAAACAAGCAGGCUUAGCUCUUUGAGAGCAAGAGGACAAUCUGAAACUGAGUCCCUACCCUUGAAGAAACAGAAUGACAAUCCCACCAAGAUAAGCAUAGAAGCAGCAGUUCAAAAGUGUCUGGGAUUUUUCUGAAGGAGAUUUAUUUACUAAUCUCAGAGUGUGUGCUGGAGAGCAGGGAUCUUUAGGCAACUUCUCCAAGAACAAAUAUCUAGUAGAGAACCAUUUCUCUCCCCUGCCCUCCCAGCGUAGAUACCUGGACACCUGCGGAUACCAGCAUGGACACUCCACCUACCUUGCUAACGCCACGUGCUCCAUCCCCACCUUCUCCUGAGGGUCCCUCUAACCUGCCCCACUCAGCAGAGGUUCCUCCAAAGUUCCUCCUGCCUCCUCUCAUCCUGCAAGCAGCUCUGGCAGGAAUUGGUGCCACUCUAAAGUGGCUCCUGCCUUGGGGAGAGGGAAAGAUAAACACAGACACCACUACACUUGCAGUGCCAGCAGCCAAACCGUAUAACUGGCAGUGCAGAGAGAGUGCCCUGCCAAUCAGUGUGUCUGUAGCCCCAGCAGGUGGACUGGGGGACAGGCGUCUGAUCUGACUGCUGGCCCCACCCACCAGCAAAAACCUCUCAAGGUGCAGUACACAGGGAAAGCCCUGCAGUUUGGGGGGCUGCAGCCCUGGUAGAUUGGGGACAGGCAUCUGGUCUAACUGCUGGCCCCAUCCACCAACAAAAUCCUCUUGGGGAAGAGACAGAACACCCCACAGGUUGGUGCUACCGUAACCCCAAAAGACAGAUGGCGGACAGGCAUCCGGUUUGACUGCAGGCCCCAUCACCAAUGAAAGCUUCUCAGGGGACAAGGUGGGGAGAAUGCCCUGCAGUUUGGAGUGACAGCAGUGACAGCAAAUGGGCUGAGGGCAGGCAUCUGGUCUGGCUACUGACACCGCCUAACUAGAAGCCCGUAGCAACUCCAAACUGGCUCCUUAACAGUACAGGGUCCAAACCCUGCUUACAACAAAAUGGGCCAUUGCAGAUGACUAGACUGAAAGCAAACCAGGCUCAGCCAUGACAAUAAGGUGCACACAACCCAUACAGGAAACCAGAAGUGCCUGGUUCUGGUAAACGGGACGUUGCACUACAGGGCACCACAGGACUUCUCUUUCAUAAGGUUACUACUUUGAAGAUAAAGAGACAUAGCUGACUUUUCUAAUACAUAGACACAAUGAGUUAGACAAAAUGAGACUGAGAACUGUGUCGCAAAUGAAAGAAUAGGACAAAACCACAACAAAAGAGUUAAAUGAAAGACAAGCAAUAUUCCUGAUACAGAAUUCAAAAUAAUGGUCAUAAAUAUACUUACUGGACUUGAGAAAAGAGUGGAGGACCUCAGGGGGACCUUCAAGAAAGAGAUAUAAAAUAUUAAAAAGAACCAAUCAGAGAUGAAGAAAUGAAUAACUGACAUGAAAAAUACACUAAAGGGAAUCAAUAGCAGAUUAGAGAAGGCAGAAGAAUGGAUCAGUGAGCUGAAAGAGUAAUAGAAAACAACCAAACUGAACAGCAAGAGGUAAAAAGAAUAAUAAAAAAAGAAUAGGUUACGGGAAUUCGGUGACAUCAUCAUGCAAAAUAAACAUUUGCAUUACAGGAAUCCCAGAAGGACAAGAGAGAGAAAAGGGGGCAGAAAACUUACUUGAAAAAAUAAUAGCUGAAAACUUCCUGAAACUGGAGAUGGAAACAGACAUCCAGAUCCAGAAAGCACAAAAGGCCCCAACAAAAUCAACCCAAGAAGGUCCAUACCAAGACACAUAGUAACUAAAAUUACAAAAUGUAGUCAUAAAGACAAAAAUUUAAAAGCAGCAAAAGAAAACAGUUAUGUACAAGGGAAACCCCAUAAGGCUAUCAGCUGAUUUUUCAGAAGAAACUCUUCAGGCAGAAGGGAGUAGAAUGAUAUAUUCUAAGUGCUGAAAUUACUAAGCCUGCAAUCGAGAAUAUUCUACCCACCAAGGCUGUCGUUCAGAAAAGGAGACAUCAAGAGUCUCCCAGACAAACAAAAGUGAACCAGACUUACAAGAAACAUUAAGAGAGUUCUUUAAGUGAAAAUAAAAGGCCAUUAUCAAGAAUAAGAGAAUUAUGAAAGGAAAAAAAUUCCACAGGCAAAUACAAACAUAAUAAAAGUAGUAGACUGACACUUAUAAAGCCAGUACAGAGGUUAAAGCACAAAAGCAGUAAAGUCAAUUAAAUCUAUAAAAAUUAGUCAAGGAUUUCACAAAAUAAAAGGAUAUAAAGUAUGACAUCAUAUACAUAAAAUGGUGGGAGUUGAAAAAAGAGUAGUGUUUCUAGAAAGGGUUCAAAUUUAAGUGACCAUCAACUUAAUAUAUAGACUGCUGUAUACGUAAAAUGUUAUACAUGAACAUACUGGUAACCACAAAUCAAAAACCUGUAAUAGAUAUGCAAAAAAUAAGGAAAAAAGAAUCCAAGCAUACCAUUAAAUAAGCCACCAAACCACAGGGGAAGAGAGAAAGAGAAGAAAUGAACAGAGAAAAACUAUAAAAACAACCAUGAAUCCAAUAACAAAAUGGCAGUAAGUACAUCCCUAUCAUUAAUUACUUUGGAUGUAAAUGAAUUAAACACUUGAUUCAAAAUAUAUAGAAUGAUGGAAUGGAAAAAAAGCAAGACCAAUCUCUAUGCUGCCUACAAGAGACUACCGCCAGGCCUAAAUACACACCAAAAGUGAAGAGAGAAAAAAACAUUUACCAUGCAAAUGGAAGUGAAAAGGUAACAGGGGUAGCAAUACUCAUAUUGGAGAAAAUAGACUUUUUUUUAAAAGACUAUAAUAAGACAAUGGAUGCUACAUAGUGAUAAAGAAAACAAUCCAACAAGAAGAUAUAACAAUUGUAAAUAUUUAUGAACCCAACCUGGAAACAACCUAAAUACAUAAAGCAGCUAUUAACAGAUAUAAGGGAAGAAAUUGACACCAAUACAAUAAUAGUAGGGGACUUUAGCACCCACUUACAUCAAUAGAUAGAUCAUCUGGAUAGAGAAUCAACAACAAAAUAGUGGCUUUGAAUAACACAUUAGACCAGAUGGACCUAAGAGAUAUCUUCAGAACAUUCCAUCAAAAAACAGCAGAAUACAUAAUCUUCUCAAGGGCACAUGAAAAAUUCUCCAGAAUAGUUCAUAUGUUAGGCCACAAAACAAGACUCAAUAAAUUUAAAAAAUUUGAAUCAUAUCAUGUGUCUUUUCUGACCACAAUGGUUUGAAACUAGUUAUCAAUCACAAGAAAAGAUCUGGAAACACACAAAUACAUGGAGGUUAAAUAACAUGCUACUAGAAAAUGAAUGGAUCAGCCAAGAAAUCAAAGAGGAAAUUUUAAAAAAUGGAGACAAAUGAAAAUGUGAACACAAGGGUCCAACAUCUUUGGGAUGCAGCAAAACUGUUGUAAGAGGAAAGAUUAUACCAACAAGGGCCUACUUCAAGAUGCAAGAAAAAUUGCAAAUAAACAACCUAACCUCGUAUCUAAAGGCGCUAGAAAAGAAAAACAAAGGCCAAAGCCAGAAGAAGGAAGGAAAUAACAAAGAGCAAAAAUAAAUGAAAUAGAGACUAACAACCAAAACAAAAUAAAACAAAAAUGAACAAACAAAAACAAUAGAACAGAUCAAUGAGACCAGCAGCUGCUUCUUGGAAAAGAUCAACAGAAUUCAUAAACCUUUAGGCAAACACAUCAAAAAAAGAAGAGUGAGAAAUAAAUAAAAUCAGAAAUGAAGGAGGAGAAAUAAUAGAUACCACAGAAAUACAAAGGUUUUUAAAGAAUAUUAUGAAAAAUUAUAUGCCAACAAGUUGGACAACCUAGAAAAAUGGAUAAACACCUGGAAACAACCUCCUAAAACCGAAUUAGGAAAAAAUAGGAAAUUUGAACAGAUUGAUUACUAGCAGCAAAAUUCAAUCAGUAAUCAAGAAAAUUCCAAAAAUACAGAAGUCGAGGACCCGAAGGAUUCACAGGUGAAUUCUCCCAAACAUUUAAAGAAGAGUUAAUCCCUAUUCUUCUCAAUCUAUUCCAAAAAAAAAAAAAAAUAGAAAAAAGGAAGCAUCCAAAUUCAUUCUAUAAGACCACCAUUACCCUGAUACCAAAACUAGAUAAAGACACUGCAGAAAAGAGAACUAUAGCCAAUAGCUCUGAAACUCAGAUGCAAAAAGCCUCAAUAAAAUAUUUGUAAAUCAAAUCCAAUAAUACAUUAAAAAAUUCACUAACGAUGAUCAAGUGGGAUUUAUUCCACGGAUGCAAGGAUAGUUCAAUAUUCAUAAAUCCAUCAAUAUGGUAUAUCACCUUAAUAAGAGAAAGGAUAAAAACUAUAUGACCAUCUCAAUAGAUGCAGAAAAAACAUUAGACAAAGUAAAACAUUCAUUCAUGAUAAAAACUCUCAACAAAGUAGGUUUAGAGAGAACAUACCUCAACAUAAUAAUGGCCAUAUAUGAUCCAUUUGUGGAUAAAUCCACAACUAACUUCUUACUGGUGAAAAAAUGAGAGGUUUUCCUCUAAGAUCAGGAACAAAACAAAGAUGUCUACUCUGACCACAUUUAUACAAAAUAAUAUUGAAAAUCCUAGCCACAGCACUCAGGCAAGAAAAAGAAAUACAAGACAUCUUGUAUUUCUUUUCUUCUUUUUUUUAAAUAAUUGAUUGUCAAUUUAGCUAACAUACAGUGUAUACAGCGUAGUCUUGGUUUGGGAGUGGAUUCCCGUGAUUCAUCACUUACAUACAACACCCAGUGCUCAUCCCAACAAGUACCCUCCUCAAUGUCCAUCACCCAUUUUCUCCGCCCUCCCAUGCCCCCACCUCCAUCAACCCUCAGUUUGUUCUCUGUAUUUAAGAGUCUCUUAUGGUUUGCCUCCCUCUCUGUUUAUAACAUUUUUCCUUCCCUUUCCCUAUGGUAUUCUGUUAAGUUUUUCAAAUUCCGCAUAUGAAUGAAAACAUAUGGUAUCUGUCUUUUUUUCUGACUGAUUUAUUUCACUUAGCAUAAUACCCUCCAGUUCCAUCCACGUUGUUGCAAAUGGUAAGAUUUCAUUCGUUUUCAUCACUGAGCAGUAUGCUAUUGUGUGUGUGUGUGUGU